AUGAGUGCCAACACUAAGACAGUUGCCUUCCUCGGUGGUACCGUUGGCGUUGGUCUUUCAGCGCUCAAGCACACUCUUGCAGCUGGCCACCAAUGCAUCGCCCUUUGCCGCACUCCAGCCAAGCUCGCGGCAUUGAUUCCACUCGAAUCAACACCCAACCUCAAGAUUGUUGAAGGCAAUGCACAUGAUCUCAGCGCAGUCAUCAAAUGUAUCCAGGCCGACGAUAGUGGAGAAAAGCUUGUUGACAUAGUUGUCUCAACUAUUGGUAGCAGACCCAAGGGUGGCAUAGCUCCCGAAGAUCCUCAAUGUUGCAGAAAUGGCGCGGCUAUCAUGGUCGAGGCCAUCAACGAUCUUCGAAACAACGGAGCUACUGGCAACCCGCAUAUUGUCACGUUCAGCACCACUGGUCUUUCCAAAUUUGGACGUGAUUACCCAUGGGUGCUUUGGCCAAUCUACGGAUGGCUUCUCAAAGCUGCGCACGAAGACAAGGAGUUGAUGGAGAAACGCUUCAUGGAGAGCGGGCAGCCGUUCACAGUUGUGCGCGCUAGUCUGCUGAAUGAUGGUGUCACCAAUAAAACUGUCAGGGUUGGCAUUGAGGAUCCGAAGACCGGACGCGAAUCAUUGAAUAUUGGGUACUUCAUUUCUCGAGAAGACGCUGGAAAGUGGACUGCGGAGAAUCUGGUCCUUAAGGAGGAAAGGAAAUACCUCAACAAAAUUGUGAUGAUUACGACUUGA